UUUUGAAACGACGAGUCCAACUCAACCGUCCAAGACCGGAGGAGAAGAGAAAGAAAAAAUGAACACACCCAAAGCCUGAGCAAGCUUUCCCUUCCAAAUCCAUUUGAUUUGCCAACCAACCUCUCGGAGCUCCGAUCCGACCAUUCACUUCGCCGAUUGACCCACUGAAUCCGCUCCUUCAUUUCACGCCCUAAGGCUGGUUUUAGCCUAAGGAUACGUGUGUAGAUUGUUGUUGUUCAAGUUUACUGUUCAUGGCGAGGAUAAAGCCUCAAGCUUUGUUAAUUCAGAGCAAAAAGAAGAAGGGGCCGACUCGAGUCAGCGUUACUACCAUAGUUUUAUGCAAUUUAGUUGUGGUUUUAAUUGUAUUGUCUUUAUUUGCGACUUAUCGCCACUGGUCUAGAAGGUCAGUGGAACAUAUUGGUGGCAGUGGUUUACCAAAUCACGUGAGCACUGAUGGCUUGGAUGAUUCAAAGAAGUACGAUCUGCCUGGUUUUGCUAUUCUAAAUACGUCGAAAGGUUAUAUCACAGUGGAACUUUUCAAGGAUGGAUCUCCUGAGAUUGUGGACAGAUUCCUUGACUUGUGUCAAAAAGGACACUUCAAGGGCAUGACCUUCAGUCAUGUGAUAAAACACUAUGUCAUUCAUGGUGGAGAUUCCCAAGGGCUUGGAGCAGCCGAAGAGUGGAUUUCGAAAGGGAAGCUUCGUGGUCAGCUUAAUACAAGUCCGAAGCAUGAAGCUUUUAUGCUUGGAACUUCAAAGAUUAAACAAGAUGGCAAAGGAUUUGAACUUUUCAUCACAACUGCACCAAUACCAGAUUUAAAUGAUAAGCUCAUCGUGUUCGGGAGGGUCAUAAAGGGAGAGGAUGUGGUGCAGGAAAUUGAAGAGGUCGAUACAGAUGAACAUUAUCGCCCCAAAGCUCGUGUAGGGAUCAAUAAUGUGACCCUGAAACGUGAUAUUUAAAGGAAAUUUUAAAUCGCUAGUGUAAAGUCUUUUCUACAUGAAAUGAUGCCACAGUUACAUGGGCUGUGUUGUCACAGUGUGCCCUGUUUUGCUCUCCAUUGCGAUUUGUCUUUCUUUUUCUUUCUUUUGUAAUCUUUUAAUCUCUCUUUUUGACCUAUGAUUUUUUUUUUUUUUUUUUUUUUUUUGGGUUGUUGGUUUGUGCUUUCCAAGGGGUGGAAUUGAGGGAGAAUUAAGAUUAGGAUUGAUAACUGUUUAGAUAAAUUUAAUUGCCGAACCAGAGGUAGACAGAUUACAUUGAGCUAAUUUUGAAUACGCAUUUUCUGUGGUU